GCAGCACCGAAAUCCCUUACGGCCAGCAGCAUUGCUGUUUGCACCAACCAGCAACGGCGUGUCCCAAUGUAUUGAGAUCGACAUUGCCCAUCAUGCUGGAAAGUACAUACCAGUUGUAGAUCGUGGCACCAAGCAAAGGGGCAGUGGCCAAGCGCAUAGAUGGCUACAUUUAUUCCGAGCAAGUGUCGAUCGGACCAACGCCUAGAAAAAUGCCGAAAAUAAUCUGGAACAGCAGAGUAGACGCUGCUUCCCCUCUCUGUUUCGAACCGUUCUUGUUGCAUUAUCGCUAUUCUGGAUUACUAGUUAAUGGCAUCCGUGUAUACUACUCCACAUAAAACCUUUGACCCGAGGGCGUGGUCAGGGACACCCACACCUGGUAAGCCGCGCCCAGUUGCUGACCCCAUCGGUCCUUCGGACAUGGCUAUUCUGUACACUGGUUUAGCACUCUACGCCAUAACGGCUGCUGCUUUGGUCUUCGCAUGGCUCAACCGGAAAUUCCCUCCUCUGCGCGCAAAGAACCUUCCCUUGACAACGGUCAUGUAUCUGUCGGCUGUAAUUUGGUUCUUUGGAAGCUGCGUGUGCAACGGACUCAUUGAAAACAAAGGGAUCUGGCGCGAAUGCCAGGUGUGGGGUAUCUGGGUCAACCUUGCCUUCGAGUAUGUCUUUUCAUGCACUGUCAUUUUCCGGAUCUAUUCGCUGGACAGAAUUUUUAACCAACGCAAAACAAACCGUGGGCUGCGGUACUGGGCUCCACUCAUUGCAAUGUACUGCUCAGUCCUUGUGCUGUGCAUUGUGAGCCAGGCAGUGGACGAGAGCAAUACGAUAAAGUACAUUGACUUUUUCAAGACUUGCCACUACAUUACACACUACCGCUACGCCUGCAUGUCCAUUCGUUGGUGUCUGAGCGUGGUGAUUGCUGCGCUCACAAUCAAGAUUCGGAAUAUCCACUCGUCAUUCAAUGAGUUCCGCGAGUCAGCUUUCUUUGCUGUCUUAAGCAUCUCGACAGACCUCGAGACCACACUGGUCCAGGUCCUUAAUAACAAGCAUUCGUUGAGCAGAAGCAUCAGGGGUACUGCGGCUGCGUUCGACUUUGCUACAGGAUUCGUUGCCAUCUGGAUUCUAAUUGGCUAUCCGGUUAUAAAUUGCAUCCUGCGUCGCGACGAAUACCUCGAAGAGUGGCUCGAUAAACUGUCGCGGGAUGGCCUGCGAAACGAAUAUGCAAUGGAACCGAUCAUGCAGAACAGCAGGUCAGGCUACUCGAAGUUCAAGCAUGGAUCUCUGGUGGAUACUGUCAAAGAGACGUCUGUUGCUCAUCAGCCACUAUCUCAUAUCGCCAAUGAUGAGCACAGCUAUUGCUUGGAACACCAGCCAGGGAGCCUAGCCUCUUCAGCGGCUCUGCAACAAACAGACAGCGUGAGCGGUGUAGAUCAUCUCCCAUACGGAUACAGCGAUAUGAGCUCUGAGCCGGUACGGCUCGCAUCCAUAUCUGAAAUGGGCAAUGGCGGCAGGUCUCGAUAUAUUCUUUGAGAAAAAUAAAGUUAUUUGUCACAAA